CUUCGGAGAAUUGCUAAUCAGAGACGUGGAUAUAGACGGUCUAGACACAAAAGCCGUACUGCCAAGGAGCGAGAUCGCCUUGAAAAACACCAUCCUGAAUUGGUCACUAUGUGGACGGAUUUGGAAAACAUGCCGGCAAUCAAUGCUGGCAAGAUAGACCAACCGAGGAGUAUAUCAAGGCAGUUGAAGCCCUUCCAGCUGGAGGGUGUGGCUUGGAUGAAGGAAAUGGAAAAAACAGAAUGGAAAGGUGGCCUUCUGGGCGACGAAAUGGGUCUGGGCAAGACGAUCCAAGCCGUCUCUCUCAUCAUGUCCGACUAUCCAGCAAAGCUACCCACUCUAGUCCUUGUCCCUCCUGUCGCACUCAUGCAGUGGCAGUCAGAGAUCAAAUCUUACACAGACGGAACUCUCAAGACCUUUGUGUUCCACGGAACCAACACAAAGGCUAAGAAUAUUACAGCCAGGGAGCUCAAAAAGUUUGAUGUCAUUAUGAUGUCCUACAACAGUCUUGAAUCCAUGUAUCGGAAGCAAGAAAAGGGGUUCAAGCGAAAAGAUGGCAUCUACAAAGAAAAGAGCGUCAUUCACAGCAUUACGUUUCACCGAGCCAUCCUUGAUGAAGCACAUUGUAUCAAAACACGAACCACAAUGACUGCUAAAGCAUGCUUCGCGUUGAAGACCGAGUAUCGUUGGUGCUUGACUGGCACACCUUUGCAAAACCGAAUCGGAGAGCUCUUCUCAUUGGUGCGAUUUCUCAACGUUAAACCGUUUGCUUUAUAUCUCUGCAAACAAUGCACCUGUUCGAGGCUUGAGUGGUCUAUGGAUGACAACAGUCGUUGUUCCGACUGCAACCAUGCUGGUAUGCAACACGUCUCUGUCUUCAACCAAGAACUUCUCAAUCCUAUUCAGAAGUUUGGCAAUUUGGGCCCUGGCAGAGAGGCGUUCCGGAAACUACGAUUGAUGACAGGCCGUAUCAUGCUGCGACGUCUCAAGAAGGACCACACCGAUUCCAUGGAACUUCCUGUGAAGGAAGUGUAUGUCGACCGCCAAUUUUUCGGAGAAGAGGAAAACGACUUUGCCAAUAGUAUCAUGACCAACGGACAGCGCAAGUUUGAUACCUAUGUUGCGCAAGGUGUCCUCCUGAAUAAUUAUGCCAACAUCUUUGGUCUCAUCAUGCAAAUGAGACAGGUGGCCGACCACCCUGACUUGAUUUUGAAGAAGAACGCUGAUGGAGGUCAAAACGUUUUGGUUUGCUGCAUCUGUGACGAGCCAGCGGAAGACACUAUUCGAAGUCGCUGCAAGCAUGACUUUUGCAGAACAUGCGUAUCUGCAUAUAUCAAAUCGACCGACGAGCCUGACUGCCCUCGGUGUCACAUUGGGUUGGUGAUUGAUCUCGAGCAGCCUGAAAUUGAGCAAGACGAAGCCAUGGUGAAGAAGUCAUCAAUUAUCAAUCGUAUCAAGAUGGAAAACUGGACUUCUUCUUCUAAAAUUGAGCUGCUCGUUCAUGAACUUCACAAGCUGCGCUCUGACAAUGCCACGCACAAGUCCAUCAUCUUUUCUCAGUUCACCACAAUGCUGCAGCUUAUCGAGUGGCGACUUCGAAGAGCUGGAAUCACCACUGUCAUGCUAGACGGCAGUAUGACCCCUGCUCAGCGCCAAGCAUCGAUUGAGCACUUUAUGAACAAUAUUGACGUUGAAUGCUUCCUCGUAUCACUCAAGGCUGGUGGCGUUGCACUCAAUCUCACCGAGGCAUCGCGAGUGUUCAUCAUAGACCCUUGGUGGAACCCGGCCGCUGAGUGGCAGUCUGCCGAUCGUUGCCAUCGCAUUGGACAAACUCGACCCUGCAGCAUCACGCGUCUUUGUAUUGAGGAUUCCGUCGAGAGCCGAAUGGUACUGAUCCAAGAGAAGAAGACGAGCAUGAUCCACUCCACUGUCAAUUCAGAUGACAAAGCGAUGGAUACUUUGAGCCCUGAGGAUAUGCAGUUUCUUUUCCGAGGCUCCUAAACUCCUUUCUAAAUCUCUUCAUUUCUCAGUAGACGGUACAUGUUUUCUUUUUGAGCAACGAGUUAGGUAUGAUGGUAUUACCUAGAUGAACGCAUCGCGGAUAUAAUGACUGGAGGUUUUCCGCAAGAGGCGCUAGGGACUUAGAGAUGAUUCGCUCGCAUUAAUGGAUUAGUUUACUGCGUAUACAGCGUAUACAGCGAUACAGCGUAUACAGCGACCUAUAUAAUACAGUAUACACUGAACCUUAUU